AUGCUUAUACCUGAUUCAGUUGACUGGCGACAGAACAAACUUGUUACUGAAGUCAAAAAUCAAGGACAGUGCGGAUCUUGCUGGGCUUUCUCAGCAACCGGAGCUCUCGAAGGACAACAUGCUCGUGAUACGAAAAAACUGAUCUCCCUCUCCGAACAAAAUCUCGUGGAUUGCUCGUUUACCUUCGGAAACAAUGGAUGCAGCGGAGGUCUUAUGGAUUUUGCCUAUGAGUAUAUCAAGGAAAAUCACGGAAUUGAUACAGAAGAAAGCUACCCUUACUUUGCUAACGAGUCAAGAUGUCAUUUUGCAAGAAGGAACAGCGGAGCGAUUGCUACAGGCUUUGUAGAUCUUCCCAUAGGAGACGAAGACCAAUUGAAAGUGAGAGUUGUUUGGAACUUUAUAGAAUCUCAAUUGGAAACUCUUAUAGAUAGCUGUAGCGACUCAGGGACCUAUAUCUGUCGCUAUUGA